AUGGUGUUGGCACCUCAUGAUUCAGGCAAGGUGCCAGAGGAUACUGGUAGGGCCAGGGCAGCAUGUGGCACAGGGGCAGGUGGAGGUGUGAACAUCACUCCUCUUGGGGCAAAGGUGCACAAAGCAGUCGUGCCGGUGCUGUACAAAGGCCGGGGUACAGGUGGUGCUAGCAGGCUGGGGCUCCAUGAUAUCACCUGGGACAGUAGUCAGCUGUUUGUGCACGACUUUGGUGGCACAUACACCCAAGUCCGGAGGAGCGGUGGUGCAGCCAGGAAGGGGUGUCGUGGGCCACGGCGGGCGGCGGGAGAGAAAGUGAAGCGCCAGCCGGCAGCCGGCGAGGCGCUUUUUCCCGGGAUCGGGGUCAGCGGCGCCGUGCUUUAUAAGAGCCGCGGCCGGCGCGCCCGCGCACUCAGCUCGAGUACUCCCUCACUUGCCGCGCCUCUGGCUGCUCCGUCGGCGCAGACACCAAGCAGAACGAUGAAGGCGACGUUAGCUCUGGCGCUGCUGCUGGCCGCCGCCGCAUGCGGCUCGCCGCAGCACCCGCCGCAGCAGUACCGCCAGCCGUCGCCGCAGCAACAGCCGCAGCAGCAGCCCCAGCAACAGCAGCAGCUGCAGGGGGCCCCCGAUGGGUCGGGUGCGCAGGGUAGGGAAGGCUCCGUGUUUACCAACGAGGCCAUCCGCCAGGCACAGGACACCUACCUCAUCCCCAAGGACGCCACUAUACAGAAAGUACAAGAAGGUAUCGAGCUCGCAGCCUACGAGCACAUCCCAGGCGAUCAGCGCAUCAACCUCUUCGAGAUCCUGGGAGCGCACGUGCCCCCAGAGGUAGUCAAUAACUUGCAGGCGCAGGUCGAUCAAAUUGGCAAGCAGUAAGCUUCCUUCGUCAGAGAACAUACUGUUCUUUAUUUAUUAGUACUUCGGUAUCUCACCAGACUGUCGAGAGAAAAUGCAUAAAGGACCCUGCAUGUUUUCACCAAAAAACAUUGUACGCUGUGAGUGGACACGAAGGCGUCGAGUGAAUCUCCUUCUAAUCGAGAACUACUCUUCAAGCAUACACCACGAUUUCAUUUACCCUAAAAUAAACCUCACUGCUGAUUUACGCGACUCACUCCCCUUUGUAAUAUUUCCAGGUAUCAUUCUUUUAAAAUCUGUACACAGGCAACAAAUACGACUAAAACAAUGUCUGUAGAAAUUCAAAGAAAAACAUAAUUUGUCAGUCUUCAUUUCGCUGUUUCACUGCUUAAGCAUCUGAAUACAAAAUCACCGGGGAAAUAUUUAGAAGAAGCCAGUUCAUAAGCACAAUUCUCUGUUUCAAAAUGUUCAUCUCGGCGAAGAGUUCAUCGUCAUUUAAAAAAUAUGUACUACUUUUUUAUAAAUUGAAAUACAUUUUUAUACAAAAAUA